AUGGCCGGCACAACCCUCGGAAAGCGGAUGAGGGACGUCGCAGACACAGGUGCCCUUGAUUGCCCUGCAAAGCGAACUCGACGAUCAGCUCGGCUAGCGGAGGCGAAUGACGAAAAUGCCGACCCCAAGGCGACUGAGUCCCUGUCAGAAAUCGAUGAGGAUGUCGAUGUCGUCCCCACGCCAUCCACAAAGAGGCAAUACCGCACAAAGUCACAGAAGCUUACAAAAGCCGUACCCGUCACUCCACAAACCCCUCGUCACCGAGAUGCCUUCGCAAAGGCCCCAAUCACGCCAAGACAUGCUGUCAUGUCUGCGGGCAAGCUUUUCAGACGAAUGACCCCCCAGACGCCCCUCACACCAGCGGCUCAGCAGACGGUCUAUCACCACGCGCGACAGCUCUUUGCCCGUGGAGCUGAUCCUGGCCAACUUGUAGGACGUGAGGAGGAGAAGGCCCGGCUCAGCAAAUUUGUCGACCAGUGCUCCUCUUCGGCUGCUAGUGGCUGCCUCUACAUCAGCGGUCCACCGGGUACAGGAAAGAGCGCCAUGGUCAAGGAGGUCACGAGCAAGUUGACGGAGACGCUUGGGGUGCGUCAGGCUUUACAUCAACUGCAUGAGCAUCAAAUCAUCCAAGGACCUGUACAACACCCUUCUCGACCUGCUGGCCACAGCGAAGAUCUCAACGAGGCGCAAGCCAUGGCGGCACUGCAGACCAUCUUUGUCACCUCGGAAGAGGAUGCGCCUGUUCACUUGGUUGUCUUGGACGAGAUUGACCACAUUCUCACAAUGGGCUUGGAGAGUCUAUACCGUCUGUUUGAGUGGUCGCUCCAGAAACCGUCACGGCUGGUCAUGGUCGGCAUUGCCAACGCUUUGGACUUGACAGAUCGCUUCCUACCACGACUCAAGUCAAAGAACCUGAAGCCCGACCUGCUUCCUUUCCACCCUUACUCAGCCGCCCAGAUCAAAAGUAUCAUCACGACCCGUCUAAAGAGCCUGUUGCCAGAAGGCAGCCAACAAACAUCAGCUCCCUUCAUCCAUCCCGCCGCUAUCGAGCUUUGCUCGAGAAAGGUAGCCAGUCAGACGGGAGACUUGCGCAAGGCCUUUGAGAUUUGCCGCAGAGCGCUGGAUUUGAUCGAGACGGAGACGAAAGAGAAACACGAGAACGAAGCACGCGAAAAGAUGCUUCAGAUGACGCCCUCUAGGAAGCCCCUGGGUGAGACUACGAACUGUGCCUCUCCCACAAAGGGCGGCUCGAGGAGCGUCGCCCAGAUUGCAACGAGCUCGCUCAAAGCUUUGACGGCAGAGACAGCGCCUCGCGCUUCCAUCGGGCACCUCAACAAGGUCACGCAAGCGGCUUUUAGCAACGGCACAAACCAGAGACUCAAGGCACUCAACCUGCAGCAAAAAGCGGCACUCUGCGCCCUGGUGGCCCUGGAGAACCGCAACCGAGUGGCGAGGGCCAACUCUGGACUCUCGACGACACCAUCCAAGUCGGCUACUCUCGCACCGACUGUCAAGAUUCUAUUCGACACGUACACUGUUCUCUGCACACGAGACUCGGUUCUGCAUCCGCUCUCGAGCUCAGAGUUCCGCGAGGUCGUUGGCAGCCUCGAGACGCUCGGCCUUGUCAGCCCCGUGGAGGGCAAGGCGGGCAGCUUCAUUGCGCAGACGCCUAGCAAGCGGUCGCGCAAGGGCAACUUUGCCACUGGCGAGGAGAGGCGGGUGGCCAGCUGCGUUGGCGAGAAGGAGAUGGAGCAAAUGACGGACGGCGUGGGCGCGGGCAUCCUCAAGAGCAUCAUCAGCGGCGAGGCAUUGGACUGA